AGUAGGCCCUUCCCGGUAGCCGACUCGCUCCUUGAAGCGGGUCAGGAAGGCGGGCUCAGCUGGCCGCACGUACGAAACCUGGUUCCUUUUGCUCAUGGUGGAGGAGGUAGAAGUCUAGGACAAAGAAACAACAAACGGGAGCGAAAUGACGGCGCGUCACACCUACGCGCCCGUGUCAGGUUUUUCCCCAUGUCACGUGAUAGCAAUUGCCCUCAGCCGAGUCUUUUCCCGCCCCCUGAAUGGGUGCUCCCUCGGUGGCUUCACCGCAGUGACAACGACUUCCGUAGCGCCAAAUUCAAACAGGGCGCCAUUUUAAGCAGGGGUCUUAGACCCCAACGAAGGGGGUGGGGGUCGUGACAGGGAAUGGCUCUAGGGACGAAAGGUGACAUGGUAUUAGCGGCCUCUAGUGCUGAAGGUGAUGCUAUCAAGGUCUAUGUGAGGGUGCGUCCUCCUUCAGAAGAAGGAACUGUGCUUGCUAACGGGGACAACGGCUUAUGUUUAUCUGUUCUUUCAUCAAACACUAUCCGUCUGCAUUCAAAGCCUGAACCUAAGAUCUUUACCUUUGAUCAUGUGGCAGAUGUGAACACAACCCAGGAAUCCGUGUUCUCAAGUGUGGCCAAAAAUAUAGUAGAAUCAUGCAUGAACGGUUACAAUGGAACAAUUUUUGCAUAUGGGCAGACUGGUUCAGGGAAAACAUUUACUAUGAUGGGGCCUCCUGACUCUGAUAACUUUACUCAUAAUCUGAGAGGAGUAAUACCACGAAGCUUUGAAUAUCUGUUUUUUCUAAUUGAACGUGAAAAAGAGAAGGCUGGUACUGGAAAGAGUUUUCUCUGCAAAUGUUCAUUUAUUGAAAUCUACAAUGAACAGAUAUUUGAUCUGCUGGAUUCUGCUUCAGCUGGACUCUUCCUCAGAGAGCAUAUCACAAAAGGAGUAUUUGUUGUUGGCGCAGUGGAGCAAGUGUUGACUUCAGCUGUUGAAGCAUAUCAAGUAUUAACAAUGGGCUGGAGAAAUCGUCGUGUAGCAUCUACCUCAAUGAAUAGAGAGUCCUCCAGGUCACAUGCGGUUUUCACUAUUAUAGUAGAAUCAAUGGAGAAGGCAAGUGAUGUUAUGAACAUUCGAACAUCUCAGCUGAAUUUGGUGGAUUUGGCUGGAUCAGAAAGACAAAGAGAUACUCAUGCUGAGGGAGUUAGGUUAAAGGAGGCAGGGAACAUAAACCGAUCAUUAAGUUGCCUGGGCCAAGUGAUCACUGCACUUGUUGAUGUGGGCAAUGGAAAACAGAGGCACAUCUGCUACAGGGACUCCAGACUCACUUUUCUGCUACGGGAUUCACUUGGAGGUAAUGCCAAAACUUGCAUAAUUGCAAACAUUCAUCCAGGUUCCAGAUGUUUUGGUGAAACUUUGUCCACUCUCAAUUUUGCUCAGAGGGCGAAGCUGAUUAAAAACAAGGCUGUAAUAAAUGAAGACACACAAGGGAAUGUGAGACAGUUGCAGUCCGAACUGAAGAAACUGAAAGAGCAGCUUGCUUUGCUUAUUUCGGGACAAUCUGUGCAUGAAGUUUCUCCAUCUGCAGCUACUAUUGCACAUGAUGUAGGAAAUACAGAUUAUAUGAACCGUUUUCUUGACGCAAUGCUGUUCUUAGAAAAAUCUGAAAGUGAAAAAAAGAUGCUGUUAGAAAAAGUUGCCCAACUAGAAGAUCUCUGUGUCAAAAAGGAGAAGUUCAUUCAGUCCAAUAAAAUGAUAGUUAAAUUCAGAGAGGAUCACAUAACUCGUCUGGAAAAACUACAUAAAGAGGCCCGAGGCAGCUUUUUGCCCAAGGAACAAGAAGAAUUCUUCAGGGAACUGAAGGAGGAGCUGAAGGCUCUCAGAGAACAGGUGGAACAGCAUCCACGAGUUGCAAAAUAUGCUAUGGAGAACCAUACCCUUCGAGAGGAGAAUAAACUGCUUCGCUCCAUACAGUCAGUGAAAAGAGCCCAGGAUCUAGAUGCUCAGGCAAUGGCAGAAUUGGAAAAAUUAUUCUUAGAAGUUUCAGGUAGAGAAAAUAAUAACAGAGCAGGUCAGCAGGUGUGUUCUACCACUUUGUCAGCAGAUAGCAACUCUAUUGAAAGGCUAAAGGAACGACUUCUGCAUACACAGAGUGAACUGGCAAGUUCCAAACAGGAACAUGAAGAAUUUAAAGAGUUGACAAAGAAAAAACAGAUGGAGCUACAGUCAGAACUUCAGUCUCUACAGAAGGCAAACCAGCAUCUUGAAAAAAUCUUGGAAGCAACUAAGGCUUGUAAACGUCAGGAAGUAUCUCAUCUUAAUAAAAUGCACAGAGAAACUUUAAAGAAUCUGACUACUCCAACAAAGGCUUAUCAGCUAAGGUCUCGACUGGUGCCGCGAUUAACCCCUGAAAUGUUGAGCCAGGAGUCUAGUGAUGUUCAGAGUUCAGGUGCGAUGGUGGAUGAUAUUUUUAACGAGCCAAUGCCUCCUGAGAUGAAUGAACAAGCUUAUGAGGCUGUUACAGAAGAGCUGAGAAUGGUGCAGGAAGAAUUAAGCGCUCUUCAGAUCAGACUAGAUGCAGAAGAAAGUAAGGCUAUAAAGCUUCAGCAGCAUAUUAAUAAGUUGGAGCACCAUUCUUCACAAAUGCAAGAGCUUUUUGCCUCAGAAAGAAGUAACUGGCAAACUGAAAAGCAAAGCCUUCUUGAAAAGAUAGACUAUAUUGAGAAACAAUACCAGGACACUCAGAGCAAGGCUGACAUAUUAAAGAGUGAGGUUCAUGACUUGCGAAUUGUCCUGCAUUCAGCAGAUAAGGAGCUGUCUGCUGUAAAAAUGGAGUAUGACAAUUUCAGAGAAACUCUAGAAAAAGAAAUUGGUGAACUUUCUACCAGGCAUAUGAAUGUACAACUGCAACUUGAUAACAUCAGGCUAGAAUAUGAAAAAGUACUUGAAAGAAAGACAAGCCUGCAAGAUGACUAUGAUAAUCUCCAGGAAAUACUGAAAUUUGAGACUGACCAGCUGACACAGCAACUCACUGAUAGCAAGCAAGAAACUGAAGUACUGAAAAUUGAGCUUCGGAAUGUAUUAGGCCUGUUGGAAAAUGAAAAAGAGCAUAAUCAGAAAUUAACAAUGCAGUUACAAGAAGAUAAAGAACAUAAUUCCCAGGAGCACUUGAAAAUUCUUGAAAUCAUGGAGCUAGAGAAACAGUAUUCUGAAAUGGUGUCAAGAUGUGAGCAGCAGGAAGGAAAGUUGCAGAAGCUGGAGCAAAAUUUAAUUGCUGCUGAAGAAGUUAUUGCUUCCCUACAGAAAACAAAUGCUGCUGAUAAGGAAGUUGUCUCAGACCUCAUGAGCCAGAUCCUGGAGAUGAGGCUGUCUACUAGCCAGAAGAUGGAGUGCAUAGAAGGGCUCACAAGCGAGCUGGAGGACCUAAAACGCAAGUAUAAUUCUGCUUUGGCUGCAAAAGAAAAAAGCAAAACAAUUAUAGAAGAACAGGAGAGGCAAAUUGAAGAGUUGAGAGAGGUCUUGGAGAGAGUACAACUUGCUGAUAAAGUUGAGAAAGAAAUUAUUUGUGAAGAUCUGCAACAUACCUGUGAGCAGCUAAGCAACUUAACAGAAGCUUCUAAAAAACAUGCAGUGCUUCUUCAGUCUGCACAAGAAGACCUAAUUGGGAAAGAAGCAUUAAUCCAAGAACUUCAGGGACAGCUGGACAAAAAGACAGAAGAAUUGGAAAACAAGAGACAUGAAUACGAAGCUAAAAUGCACCAAAUAGAUCAUGUUAUGGAAUCUGCUGUGGUAGCACUUCCACAGAGCCCCCAUACCCCAUCAAACAGCCUAGGAAAACUGUUAGAAACACAUGAGCAAGAGAUAGCAGACAGGAGAGCCUCUGCAAUUACCCUGGAAUGUCUUGUAUCUGAAUUGAAUGAAGAAAGAGAUGCUAAAAACAAUGAAAUUCUAAGAUUAAAGAGUCAAUUAUGUGAAUUGGAAAACAUCCGUCUGGAAAUGCAAGUGUUAAUGGCAAACAACAGAAAUCUACAGAGCCAGCUGGAAGAAGUCAGGAGAGGAAGAAAGAUCAGUGGUACAAAGUAUCCAGAUAUUAAAGACCUGAGAGAGAAGGAAAUUGCUGAAGGGAAACUAGCAAAGAGUAAAGCAAUGGAAGAAAUACUGAAAGUUACAUCAGAGUUAGAAAAAGCCAGGAGUGACCUUAGAAGCAAGGAGACUGCUUUUCAAGAAAUGUUUCAAGAGGUGGAACGAACAAGAGCUUUGGAGUUGAAGGCAUUCAAGGAGAAAGAAGAAAUGAGAUCAGAACUGGAGGAAACAUAUGAAGAGAGAGGAAAAAUGGAAAAGGAGAUGUCUUUGCUAAGGAAGCAGGUCGAAUAUCUUGCAGAAGAGAAUGGGAAGUUGGUUGGCCACCAAAACUUAAAUCAGAAGAUCCAGUAUCUUGUGAAGUUAAAGAAAGAUCACGCUAAACUGAUGGAGGAAGUUGAAGUACUUCGUGUUGAAAAUGCUUUUUUGAAAGGAAGGAGUGAACCUUGUCAAGAACCUGAUAAACUGCUUCAAGAGUUUUAACUAUAUUCACAAAAGAAAGACACAUGGCUUUGCCUCAUCCUUACUAGCCAAGAUUUCCUUUGCUUAGAGUUGUUGGAAAUCAUGUAACAAAUUCUGAGUAGAGUAUUGUUGCUCCAGAUAAUCUUCUAGUGUUUCAUUGGAAUUCUCAUUCUUUCUUACUAAACAAUGGUGAUAAUUCAGUCUCAUGUUGUAGGCGCUAGGAAUAUCACCGUUAGAGCACUUCUGACUCCUUAUUGGUUUAUUAGUAGAACUUUUAGGUUUCUCAUCAUUCCAAGUCGAAUCCCUAUACUACUUAUUUCACCAUGUGUAUAUACUGAAUGUGAGGAAAUUUACCUCAAAGUUUAUGAAUUCGAUUUUGUUAUUGUUCUGUUUUCUACAUGUAUGUUUUUCUUUUUUCAGUAACACAAAAUUAUCAAUAAAAUCUAAGAAAA